ACUCUUCCCACUUACUCCUCCUGUCUGCUCGGCAGCGCUGCUGCUGCUGACCCUGGAUACCAUUUCAAUUUGUCAUUUGAAACAGGAUGAAAGCCAAUUUUUGUGUCGUUCUGCCCACAUGUUCCUUCCUUCUGUUUCUUCUGCCAGGGGGCUCGUCUUCAGAUGCAGAGCACAAGCUCUUCUCUGUGAUAUUCUCCAACUACAACCAGUACAUACGACCGGUGGAAAAUGUGACCGACCCCGUCGUUGUACAGUUCGAGGUGUCCAUGUCACAGCUAGUCAAAGUGGAUGAAGUCAAUCAGAUCAUGGAGACAAAUCUGUGGCUGAGACAUAUCUGGAAUGACUACAAGCUCAGAUGGAAUCCAAGGGAUUUUGGAGGCGUUGAGUUUAUCAGGGUGCCUUCAAACAAGAUAUGGAAGCCAGACAUUGUGCUCUACAACAAUGCUGUCGGAGAUUUCCAGGUCGAUGACAAAACGAAGGCCCUGCUUCGUUACAAUGGUGACGUUACCUGGAUCCCUCCAGCCAUAUUCAAGAGCUCCUGCAAGAUCGACGUCACUUACUUCCCCUUCGACUACCAAAACUGCACCAUGAAGUUCGGCUCCUGGACGUACGACAAGGCCAAGAUCGAUCUGGUGCUAAUUGGCUCAACCAUCAACCUCAAGGACUUCUGGGAGAGCGGCGAGUGGACGAUCAUCGACGCCCCUGGUUACAAACACGACAUCAAGUACAACUGCUGCGAGGAAAUCUACACGGAUAUCACUUACUCUUUGUACAUCCGCCGUCUGCCACUUUUCUACACCAUCAACAUGAUCAUCCCCUGCCUCCUUAUCUCCUUCCUCACUGUGCUCGUCUUCUACCUGCCAUCUGAUUGCGGGGAAAAAAUCACUCUGUGCAUCUCUGUCCUGCUGUCUUUAACUGUCUUCCUCCUCGUCAUAACAGAGACCAUCCCCUCCACCUCGCUAGUCAUCCCCCUGAUUGGCGAGUACCUCCUUUUCACCAUGAUCUUUGUCACCCUCUCUAUUGUCAUCACCGUUUUUGUGUUGAACGUCCACUACCGCACCCCAAAGACCCACACUAUGCCCUGCUGGGUGCGGACUGUGUUCCUGGGGCUGUUGCCCAGGGUGAUGUUCAUGACCAGGCCAGAGAGGGACGCCGAGACGGUGGCAGUGACCAGCAGUGUUCAGACGAUGCAUUCAAGGCCCUGUGCAGUGCAUUCAUCAGGUACUUUGCAGAAGCAGCACAAACCUCAGGCCCUGGCGUCCAGCGUGGUGUCCAGCCUGACAAACCGCCAACGGAUUUUCAACAACACAGAGCUCUCCAACCUCAAUAACUUAAGUGGAGAACCAGCCAAAGGUGCAGGCCCUGUGUUUUUGUGCUGCGAGGGCCGUUGCAACCGUUGCUGGCACCAGAGAUCCAGCAAACUGCCUGCAGACUCUGGGGGAGGGUGCGGAGGACUGGGCAGCCUGGGGGCGCUGACUGGAGGCAGUGCUGUCGGGACUGGAGGGGAGAGUCAGUGCUCCAGCUCCGAGUCUCUAGAUGGAGGAAUAAUGUCCCUAUUGCCCCUCUCCCCUGAGGUCAGGGAGGCUAUUGAGAGUGUCAAAUACAUAGCAGAGAACAUGAGACUACAGAAUGAAGCAAAGGAGGUUCAAGAUGACUGGAAGUACGUUGCCAUGGUGAUUGACCGGAUUUUCCUUUGGGUUUUUAUCCUUGUGUGCAUCCUGGGAACAGCUGGCCUCUUCCUCCAGCCUCUAUUACUUUGGGAUGACAUUUGAAAUAGUUUGAUUAAACAAAUACUUCAAAACUGUCGAACUGCACAGCAUUCAUUACUUAUAAGAUUCUCGCCAUGGCUCAGACAGGGCAGAGUGGAUCCAAAGUCAAGAAGAAAAGAUGACUGUGUCGGCCAAAUGUUGAUGCAAAUUUAUUAUUGACUGUGUUUUCACAGAUUAGAUGAUUUCUGUGUGAGGAAGUGGUUUUAGGACUCUCCAAUGCUGAGGACAUGGUGAACAAACAAUUGCAAAGACCAUGGUAGUUAUUUCAUUAUGAACAAACUAGUUCUGCAGUAAAUGACAGUAUAUAAUGCCAUGGCAACAUCCUUGCAGAAUCAGUUAUUUUGAAGACUAAAUUAUGGGAACAGUGAUAACAUUUAAUGAACUUGAAGCACCUAAUUUCACAUUCACACACAGCAUGUAUGUACGUACAUUCACAAAUGCAACCAUUAUGCCACCAGAAAGCUCAAUAUUUAAAUUACUAUUAUGUUUUAUAACAAGAAAAUCUUGAACAUCUUUAAAUGUUAAGUCUUCACUGAGUGUCAUGCCAAAUGAAUACAUGUGUUAUGGCGAUAACAGAAAAAAACAUUUAACAUGGAUUGAUUUGAUGGAUUUCCAUGUUUCUGAGAACUAAGCAACAAUGUUGACUGUGUUCAAAGAGUGACAUCAUGUGGUAAGUAUUUGCUACUGCAAAUUAUAACAAGGCCUUUAAAGGUAUAUGUCACCCAUUUUGUCAUCAUCUCUGUUGUAACAAAUUCCCAGUUGUAACAUGUUAUGAAAAUAAAUACUAAUACUUUAUGCAUUUAUGCAUUUAAGGCAUAACAUGCUGUUUGAUCUGGAUAGCAUGACCCUCUAGAAAGGGUGACAUGAGAAAAUGUCAUCAAGGAUUUUUUUUGACCUUGUGAAUUGGAUAUUUACAAUGCCCUGAAAGUAUUCUAAUUGCAAAGCGAA